AUCAUGGCCAUGCCGAGUGACGUCUUCGUCACAGCGCCCACGAAGCAGGGUCUCGGGGACGUGGCGACAAGGGACACGGUCAUCGAGUUGUGCGAAGACAAGCGCCAGGGCUCACGCAGUCUUUCCUGGUCCAGCAGCGAGCCCUGCAGCGAGUCUUCUUCCAGCAACAGCGCGUUCUCCGACGCCGACCGCGUCAGCACUACUUGGGUAUCGACGCACGUGGGAGAGGCUUGGGCAUCGAACGACCAGGAGGAGACCACGAGUUACAGCCUCGACAAGUGGCGUUUGUCCGCCGCCGCGGAGGCAAUCGACGAUGUCCCCGAGCAGCUGGGCCGAGUGGUGCAGAACAAGGCUAAGAGCCUUGCCGAGAGCGUGAAGACCGAGCUGGCCUUGGUGCAACAGGCCAUUCGCAGCAGGGGUGGGGGCGAGGAUGGCGUCGAUGCGGCCAUCGAUCAUCUGGGCAAAAUCCCAGAGAUCAUCAGGAGGUCGUUUCACUCGAAGGUCAUGGAGGCGAACGACGCGAUGCGGCUGGCGAUGCAGCUGAAGCGGAGCGCCAUCGUGCAGAUGCUCAAGACCACCACCCCUGAUGGCCAAGAGCUGGUGAGGCGAUUGUGGACCAUUCCCGAGAAGCUGGAGCAGAUCGUUGGGCAGGCGGUUGGCCAGGCCGUGGAAGAGUCCCAGCUGGAGGCUACCGGGCAUUGCGAGCGCGUGUUGAUGAGCCUGCCGCCGGACGCGGGUGCGUGUCGCCACACCUUGAUAGACGCCGAACUACGCAUCGCGGAGGCGGUGACCGAAAUGUACUCCGAGACGAUGCGGGCCCUGAGGCGCACGGCCAAUGCGAACGUGAGGCUCGCCGUGACCUACGUGCAAGACCCAUGAAGGCAAUUCAUGAUGUGUUGACUCCCGCGCCAACGCUUGACUGCGCAAUUUACGAGGCACGUCAGUCAUUUGUUGGCGCGCUGGCCUUUCAGAGCCCUCAUCGUCAAUGCGGGAGGGGAAUGGGGGCAUGCGGUCCGCUGCUGCGCCCGAAUACCUAGAAUUGUGGAGCGCGAGGUCUCUGCCAUGCCAUGGUAGAUGCCAUGCCAUGCCAUGCCAUGGCCAGGCCGAGGGGAGUCGCCAAGCCUUCCCACAUCAGGAUCAUUUGAUGUGUCGCCGCGUGUUUUUUCGCUCCAGGGGAUCGCAGGUACCCCAGACGAAUGACGUUCAUAUGGAAAACACGCAGCGCCCGCUGCCAGUGACCCAGUUGUUCUUUUUGCGGCCAUUGCGUGGCUUCGACGCGGCGCCCUGUUUGCUUCAGAUACUGCGUCUUCGCUCCUCGUCGUAUCGCGGUCCAGUGCCACCAGUGGUUUUACGCUUCUGGUGGCUGUGGUCUUUCACGAAGUGCGUCGGGGCAGUUGGAUGUGGAACAGCGCGGCAUCUACAGCGCGUGAGGACUCCAAGCAGUGGGUUCUCACCAGUUAUGUGUGCACUCGAUGUGGCGCCAUCUAGAGCUAGCUGAUAAACUCUUUUGCGGUGCAAUUCACAUGUCAAUGUUGAAGCCGUCACCUCCAAUACUCGUGCAAACAACCCACCCGCCACCCCCCCUCCCCGCAACUUGCUGUCAAACCUGUAUCCAGAGGAGCGGCAGCAGUGGGGGGGCGGGCUCUGAAGAGAGGAGGAGUUGCCUUGGGAGUACGGGCCCACUUCCAGCGCACACGAGGAAGUGCAAGCCGAGCGCUCAGGGCGGCGGCGCAAGACACGAUUUGGGGAGCAAGGUGUCCCCACAGUGCCCUGGACGGCGCUUUCCCUGCCCAGCGACAGCCCACACCAGCACCUUGGCAGGCUCGCAGGUGAGCUCCGCUUGCGCACAGCUCAGCAUGCUGAUAUUCGGAAGCUGGUGGCUCUUUCUCCUCCCUCUUGUUCCUUCCUCCCUCCUUCUGCCUCCUCCCCGUCUUUCCCCUGCCUUCACAUUUGAGUGCUCAGCAGCGGAGGUCUAUCAGCGCGUCAAUCGGUGUGCCCCUCGCGCCAAGGCGUGUCAGGCUGGCAGGCUGAGUUGUGGGUGACGUCCGCCUGCAAAUAGCCCAACAAUCUUUAUUCAUAUUCAGGACGUGUUUCUCCUCCCCCCCGCCACACACCUCACAGUGGUUUUUCGUGGGCACGGUAUGCUUUCGGCAUGGCGUGCGAAGCAGCUGGCAGCAAAGACGCCCUACGCCAGAUAUGGCAGCAAGGCGGGCUGGCAUGGCGCAUCCGCGCAACACGCUUCAGCAAUCUUUAUUCAUAUUCAUGACGUGUUUCUCCUCCCCCCACACUCCUCACAGUGGAUGUUCUUGGACACGUUGUGCUUUCGGCAUGGCGUGCGAAGCAGCUGGCAGCAAAGACGCCCUACGCCAGACAUGGCAGCAAGGCGGGCUGGCAUGGCGCAUCCGCGCAACACGCUUCAGCUUGCAGUCAUUAACGACUGCAGCUCCUCCUUCUCCUCCACCCCUCCUCUUCCUCCUCGUGGUGCCAUUGUAACGUACAGUGUCUGCUGCAUGGAGCGCCUUCCAGGAAGGCAACCACACCUUGCUGUACCGAUUCCUUCCAAUCCACCUAUGACGAA